CCCGUCUAGUGCCGCAGUGAUCAGCCAGCUGCAGGGAAUCGAGCGCCCGUUGCAGGGUUGUUUUGGUUUGGAGAUUUUUUUUCAUUUUUUGGUGAUCGUUCUCGGGAGGCUCGCAGAACGAGUGCGGCGCCAACGGGAGUUCGUGAAACUUCCCUACCAACUCGAAGACGAAGGUGCUCUUAGGCUAUUAUUACUUCUUGUCGGUCGUGGUUGCGUGGACAUCGCGAGUGGUGGAGUGGUGCGGCGGGCAGUGAUUCAAGUUUCCACUUAACAUAUUAGUGCGUUUUCCUUCCCCCCCAGGGGAAAAGACCGGUUCGUAGCUCCACGCAGCGGUGCGUGAGUCACGGGUGCUCCGGAUUAGUCACUCGGUUGCUUCUUUCCUAUGUGAUUGGCGUCCGUCGCGCAAAAAGUCGGCCCUACAAUGUUCAGCUGGUUGAAGCGGGAACCGAAAACGGAGGAGGUGGUAGAGAAUGUGUUGGGUGAACUGAAGAAAAUCUAUCGCAGCAAGCUGCUGCCGCUGGAGGAACACUACAGCUUCCAUGACUUCCACUCGCCCAAGCUGGAAGAUUCGGACUUCGACGCGAAACCGAUGAUCCUGUUGGUCGGCCAGUACUCGACCGGCAAAACCACCUUCAUCCGUUACCUGCUCGAGCGCGAUUUCCCGGGUAUCCGGAUUGGACCGGAACCGACGACCGAUCGGUUCAUCGCAGUCAUGCACGACGACAAGGAAGGCAUCAUACCCGGCAAUGCGCUCGUGGUUGAUCCGAAGAAACAGUUUCGCCCUCUGGAAAAGUAUGGGAAUUCGUUUCUCAACCGGUUCCAGUGCUCGACCGUUCCAUCGCCGGUGCUGAGGGCCAUAUCGAUCGUCGACACGCCCGGUAUCCUUUCCGGUGAGAAGCAACGGGUGGACCGGGGAUACGAUUUUACCGGUGUGCUGGAGUGGUUCGCCGAACGUGUCGAUCGCAUCAUCCUGCUGUUCGAUGCACACAAGCUAGACAUUUCGGACGAGUUCCGGCGCUCGAUUGAGGCGCUGCGCGGGCACGACGACAAAAUUCGGAUCGUGCUGAACAAGGCGGAUAUGAUCGACCACCAGCAGCUCAUGCGUGUGUACGGUGCGCUCAUGUGGUCACUGGGCAAGGUGCUGCAGACGCCCGAGGUGGCCCGCGUCUACAUUGGUUCCUUCUGGGACCAGCCGCUGCGCUACGACGUCAACCGGCGGCUGUUCGAGGACGAGGAGCAGGACCUGUUUCGCGAUCUGCAGUCGCUUCCACGUAACGCGGCCUUGCGGAAAUUAAACGAUCUCAUCAAGCGAGCCCGACUGGCGAAGGUGCACGCGUACCUCAUCUCGGAGCUGCGCAAGGAGAUGCCCCAGAUCUUCGGCAAGGACAGCAAGAAGAAGGAGUUGAUCAAAAACUUGGGCAGCAUCUACGAUCGGGUUUGCCGGGAGCAUCAGGUGUCCAUCGGCGAUCUACCGGACAUUAAAAAAAUGCAGGAGGUGCUCGCGAACCAGGACUUUACGAAGUUCCACUCACUCAAGAUGCCGCUACUGGAUGUAGUCGAUCGGAUGUUGGCGAUCGACAUUUCCCGGCUAAUGGGUAUGAUCCCACAGGAGGAGAUGAACCUCGUGUCGGAACCGCUCGUCAAAGGACAAUCCAAUGGAACGGCGACGACGGGAGCGAACUUUUUGGGGCACCUCCUGCUGACAGGUGGCGCUUUCGACGGAGUGGAGGAUGUCAUCUCGCCGUUCGGCUACCGGAAGGGCGAAGGAAUCGACGCCGGGUACGGCGAGGUGGACUGGAUUUGCAAUCGCGAUCGGGCCCGCACCGAUCCCAUCUUCGAGUCACUGCAGCCGGUGGAUGGAAAGAUUUCCGGUGCUGCUGCCAAGUCGCAGCUGAUCAAAUCGAAGCUGCCGAACAACGUGCUGAGCAAGAUUUGGAAACUUUCCGACUACGACCAGGACGGGUUCCUGGACAUCGAGGAGUUCGCACUGGCGAUGCAUUUAAUCAACGUCAAAAUGGAUGGCAACGAGCUGCCGAUCGCCCUGCCGCCCCAUCUGGUGCCACCGUCCAAACGGCGCCCGGAGUAGGACCACGGCAAAACACCUCUCUCAGUGCGUGGCGGGCCUACGGUUUCCUUCAACUUUUCCUUCCCUUAAUUCCUCUAUCUAUCUAUCUCUCUCUCUCUCUCCCUUUCCGACGUCGGAAAGGAGCUCGCGCAAUCACGCAAUCAAUUCGGGUUGUGUAUCAUCUUCUGCUUAUCGUUUCACCUUCCACUUCUGACCGAUGUCGGCCAACUUUGGUGAGUGUGUGGCUCCCGGGUGCCAGUCGGCAUGCCGCACCAUCACGUGGUCCAUUGCCACAUCCGGGCCGGUAGGGGGGAAGGGGACCAUGUUUUGCUUUCCGGCUUUCGCCUCCAACUGUCCGUCUCCUAGCCAGGAACGGUUGAACUUUCGGUUCCGGCGAUUGCGGAAGCGCCGCACAUCCGGCAAAAAAUAAAAAAGAAACCCUCCAACGAGAAGGGCCUCCUCGUCGAGAGUUACGGGAAGAAAGCUAAAGAAAACGAAAAGAAACAACAAAAACCAAUUGCAAAAGAUGUGAGCAAACUUUGCAACUACGACGGACACAAUAUAGCCUCAUUUAUCUUGCGUCUUAGAAUGGUAACUUAUUUAUAUUUAGUUAGCGAAACAAUGCGUGUCCAAGAAAGUGUGGCCAACACCGUACGCGCAACGUAACGACUGUGCCGUGCUUUCACAAAACACGAAUAGCUGCAAACGGAAGCAAGAGAAUACACACGAAUCGGAAACAACGACGACGACGGAAGCGGUCGCCUCAUUAUGGAGGAAAAUUUCAAUUAUCCUUUUACGUCGUUAUUAUCAACUUUCACCACUGUCAUUGCCUAGUGGCCCUUGCUUCACUCCAAUGCCUAUUUAUUACGUUUCAUGGGACAAACACGCACCGGUUCACGGUAGAUGCAAUAUUAGUAGAAGGCGCCGAGCACACCGCAUUUAGUGGCCUCGCCAGCUUGGCCCGCGUUUCUCGUGAGCACACACAACGAACAGCGACAGACAGACGAGGUAAAUCAUUAGGAAACCCUUUUAAAAUGGCUUUGCGGUUCGGUUGUUGAUGAAGGUUGACGUAGGGAUUGAUUUCUGUGGAUGGUAGAACCAAUACACGGCAUUGGAACUGCCGUACUCCAUACGCGCCAAUCGUCUCGUAGUCUAUCGGGACGUGAACUUCGGUUGCAUUGUUUUGCAGCACAAGGACCGGGGACUUUCGUAAAUGUGUUAUUCCAAGUUUUGAAUAUUUCUUCUUCCGCCGUCCGGCUUCCAUCCGGAGUACCGGCUGUUGGUUGGUUAAUUUUUCAAUAAACCACUUACCCUGUUGCCAUUUGCCUGUCACUGUGCGGGGCCACUCAGUUGCCCUGUAACGAUGGUUCUCGAUGGUGCAUACCGCAGCACGCGCCCGCGGCCUGGAGUGGACUUUGGGAUUCAAGAUAGUUUUGCAUUUCCUGCACUCUGCUGCCGCCGGCGCUCUCGCCGGCAUUUGGCCAUCGCAUCGUUCUGCAUAUUUUAUGCACCUUCCCGUGUGCACGGAAUACGGCAUAAUAAGUAACGAAAUGCUAACAAGAGAGAGAGAUGACCCAUCUUGCGCUUCAAACGCUUCCAUCCGCUGGUCAGUUGGCCGUUGUCACCACUCGGCAUAACUAUCUGGGCCCGCGGUGUGCGGCGUGGCCCACACCUUCCGGUCUCCGGCACCGUCGGGUAUGGUCGAUAAGUGAAUAAUUUAUGAGCCCAAUGGCCAUGGUGUUCACUUGCCGUCACAGUGGUCUCCGUCUCUGAGUGUUUAUGGCAACGGAAGGUACAACGGCUGCUGCUGUUCCGGCUCGUUCAUAGCUCCAAUAAUUGAGUGCUGAACGGAAGAAAAAUGAAUGUCCUCGGCGGGGCGAGGUUGCAAGAAGUUGUGUUGAAUCGCUGCAGUUUGUUUUGGGUAGCCGCGCGGGAUGACCUUAAGACCUGAAGAAAUCCGGUCACUCUGUCCUAGCUCGGUCCUCUGUUGUUGUGUGCACGGUAUGUGUGGGCACCGUUGUUCCCUGCGAACGCGGCCAUGCUGGGCAACAAUCCGUUCCGUGUAUCGAUCGUGGUGCCACGGUUUAAUUAUCCUCCUCAUGCUGCAUGCUUGCCGCGCUCCCGCCUCCUCCUGCCAAAUGAUUUCAAAUCGAUACGACGACGGACGACACACGGCAUACGCUAUCCGGCAAUCACUGCUAUAGGGAGAUACGAUAGGUUUUAGUGGUUACGCUUUGUUUUGUCCCCUUUUGUUUUCCACUAUUUAAGGACCCGGGAGCAGGAACCGGAAACGAACAAGCAAUUCAUCGCUAAUUUAGAGCUAAUUUAAAGCAUUUACUACACGCGCCGCUCGCUCGGUCCGUUGUUAUUAGUAUGUCGUUUUGUUAUGGGACGUUUGCGCGACAUAGCACAGAGAGAUAGGGAAAGAGAGACAGAAAAGGGAUAGCAUUAAUCAUAAUGCACGCGCAAGGCCGGCCCGUGGACAAGCUCUCCCGGUGGUCGCUUACUUAGGACUUUCGGAUUCUAGACGCUCGCAGAAAGAAAUGGAAAUAGUGGACGCGUAACGCAUAAAUCAUAUACACAAACACAGACGCAGAUAUGAUAAAUACAUAUAUUUACAACGGCAUGGCAUUAGCCCUUUUGAUGGUAUUUGUAUAAUAGGUCACGAAAAAAACAAACGAAAUGCGAGAGACAAAGAAAUAAACCGCAGCAAAACCGAAACAUAUGUGAUGAAAAGCAGCACGAUGUGGAGCAGACUUUCGUGUCCAUCGGCGAACCGGUUGUUUUGCGCAAGGGUCGCGUGGUGAGGUCGCCCGAGGAAGAAGGACGUCGUAGCCGGGGCUAGCUGCCUGCGGCCCGGGCCGCAGCAUGUUGAAGCCAGAAAUCGGGGUGGCAAAAGCCUAGGGCAAAAAUGUUACGAAAAGAACCCUCCCGAAACCACCGGACCCGUUUGAUGCAAAGCCGCGGGCAUCGCUAGGAAGAGUGUCCGCGCCAAA